AUGCAGAAGAAGGAGCGAGUGACGGGUGGAGAACUAACAGGGGCUGGCAGCAGGGCCAUGGGGCAGCCUGGCUCACGUGGAGAGCUGGAGUGGCAACUGAGGACAGCUGAUGUAUUAAAGAAAGGAGGAAGGCUGAGUGACAGCGAGAAAGGGAGCCAGGCCAGAGACGCCCAUUCGUUACAAGGAUCCAUUAAAAGAAAACUGGAAGAUGAUAGCUCUCCUGCCUCCAGUGGCGUGCCUGAUGUCAUUUUCCCAAAUGACAGUAAAAGACUUUGUCUUGAUGAUGUAAACCUUGCCAUGGGCCAAGGUGCCAAUCCCAAUGUGGCGUGUCCAGAAAUGCAAAGUUCUCCGUUCUCCACCAGUCACAGCACUUCUUCCCUGGGAGUUGCAGGUCAUUCAGUGCUCCUCGAAAACAAUCACAUGAAUGGCGGUGGCAUUGGUUCCCCGUUUUCAGUGCCACCCAACACAGAAAUAAAUCAGAAGGGGUCAAUAGGAGGGCAAAACAAUAACAUUGUCCACUAUGAUGAGAAAGGACACAGCUUACAGUCUGUGGACCAAGAGCUGCAAGACCUAUUGGAAGAGCUGACAAAAAUGCCUGAUCCUUCUCCCAAUGACCUGGAUCUGGAGAAGAUUUUAUGCAGCAAGGCUGAAGAGCCACUUGGGCUGAGUCAUUCUCAACCAAGCAUAAGUACAACUCCAAAGUCCUCCCCACAGAAUUCCCACUUGGAGAAUCAUGUUGCUAACAAAGAUUUUUCUCCAGGCUGCAAUCCAACCGGUGGAGGAUCUCCUCAGAUGAGACCAUCAUCCGCUGGAGCUAACUUCCAAGUUCCUCCCUCAAACAAACCUGCUGCAUCGCCCAUCUCCACAGCAGCUCAGAGCAAGAACCAGCCACCACCUAUGCUUCCAGUACCCUUACCCAACAUGCCUGGCUCCAACUGGCAUGCUCAGCAGCUAAAGCAGCUGGCAGCUAGCAAGCAGGUGUCUACUACUAAGCAACAAGUACAGGCUGCCAACUGGCCAACUAUGUCUCCUCCUGGUCUCUCUCCUCCUUACAGGGCAGGAUCAUCCCCACAUCAUCAACCUUUCAGUCCUCAGAAUGUUAUGGUGUCUGGCAUGCCUGCUAAUAAUUUACCAGGAAACAACAUUCAGAGUCCUCAAAACACUCUGCUUUCAAGCAUGACUUCCAGCAGCACCCCAUCCAAUGGCCCCUCUCCUCCUUAUGGGUCUGAGAAGCUCUCCAGUCCAGCUCUGAACCAGCAGCCCUUCAGCCCGCAGAGCUCCAUGCUGCCCACCCUGACGGCAGCCAGCUUACCAGCCAACAACAUUAAAAGUCCACAGAACAGCUUGGUUGCCAGCAUGGCCUCCACAAAUACUGGACCUUCUCCACCGUACAGGCCAGAAAAGCUGUCGAGCCCAGCUCUGCAUCAGCAGCCCUUCAGUCCUCAAGGUACAUUAAUCUCUAACAUCACUCCCACCAGCAACCCCACGAGUAUGCAGAGCUCGCUUUUUAAAUCAAUGACUACAAACCAGUCCAAAAAUAUGAACAUAAUUAUGCAACAGCCAUCCAGUAGCUUGCAGCCAGGUCUGGUGAAUGAGAGCCCUGUUAGCCAAGACCAGUUUUCUUUCAAUAACACCAAACCACUGUCUCACUUUGCCUCAGAGUCAGCUGCUCAAAAGAUGUCACCUCUGACAGCAGGACAAGGGCAGCAGUCUCUCAUUCACUAUCUCCAGCAGCAGCAGCAGUCUCCAGCCACGCCGCAGUCCCAACAGGCUAACAAUAGCCAGUUUCUCCAGCAGCAGUUUCGACAGCUGAUCCAGCCACAUCGGAUGCAGAGACACAUGCAGCCAGCCACGUUGCCAUCUCAAAGCAGACAG